AGCGGCGGGGGCGUGGCGCCCAGCCCCGCGCGUCCCCCGCCGGCGCCCAGGCGGCCCGGCCCGUCCCGUCGCGUCCCGCCGCUCCGCCAGCCAUGAGCUCCACGCAGUUCAACAAGGGGCCCUCGUACGGGCUGUCGGCCGAGGUCAAGAACCGGCUCCAGUCCAAGUACGACCCCCAGAAGGAGGCGGAGCUCCGCAGCUGGAUCGAGGGACUCACGGGGCUUUCUAUCGGGCCCGACUUCCAGAAGGGUCUGAAAGAUGGAAUUAUCCUGUGCACACUCAUGAAUAAGCUACAGCCCGGCUCCGUCCCCAAGAUCAACCGCUCCAUGCAGAACUGGCACCAGCUGGAAAACCUGUCCACCUUCAUCAAGGCCAUGGUCAGCUACGGCAUGAACCCUGUGGACCUGUUCGAGGCCAACGACCUGUUUGAGAGCGGGAACAUGACACAGGUGCAAGUGUCCCUUCUUGCCCUGGCCGGGAAGGCCAAAACAAAGGGGCUGCAGAGUGGCGUGGACAUCGGGGUCAAAUACUCAGAAAAGCAGGAGCGCAACUUUGAUGAUGCCACCAUGAAGGCGGGCCAGUGCGUCAUUGGGCUCCAGAUGGGCACAAACAAGUGCGCCAGCCAGUCGGGCAUGACAGCUUACGGCACCAGAAGGCAUCUGUACGACCCCAAGAACCAUAUCCUGCCCCCCAUGGACCACUCAACCAUCAGCCUCCAGAUGGGCACAAACAAGUGUGCCAGCCAGGUGGGCAUGACGGCUCCUGGGACGCGGCGGCACAUCUACGAUACCAAGCUGGGGACGGACAAGUGCGACAACUCCUCCAUGUCCCUGCAGAUGGGCUACUCGCAGGGCGCCAACCAGAGUGGCCAGGUCUUUGGCUUGGGCCGGCAGAUCUACGACCCCAAGUACUGCCCGCAAGGCCCUGUGGCCGAUGGGGCUUCGGCGGCUGCAGGCGACUGCCCAGGCCCCGGGGAGGCCCCAGAGUACCCCCCCUACCACCACCAGGAGGAGGCCGACUACUGAGGCGCCCCGUGCGGGGUGUGUCCCCACAUCGCUCCUUGUGGUUUUUGGGUUCUUCUGUUUUAGUCUUGUUUUUCUCCUUGUCUGAGCGCUGCCAGCUGAGGGUUUAUGGGGAAGGGGUGAAGGCCCAUGCAGAUCUGCGCAGGGUGCGGGGCUCGUGCGGGCCGCAGAUUUCCCAGCAGGCUUUGGGCUGAGCCGUGGGGGUUUGGGGAAAGAAACCGGGGCAGGGAGGGGACCAGCCCUGAAUGGUUUCCGGUUGCCUCUCCUUCUCUUCCCUUUUCUCUGCUGAUCAGUUUGUGGUUUCUGUACCCACAAGAGUUUCAGACAGUUGUAAUGAAAGAAAAAAAGGUUUUUGUUUUUUUGUUUUUUUGUUUUUUUUUUUUUGCAGGGCCAUGGUGGGGGGAUGGUGGAAGGGGAUGCUGGGAAGGAAGAAGGUCCCAGCCGCAGGGAGAGGGCCAAGCCGCAGUCCAAAAUAUUUGAGGUCUUGUGAGGAACUGGAUUUCUCUGGCCCUGUCCAGGGGUCGUGGAGAAACUGAGGCCCAGGCAGGACAAUAGAGUUCUGAGUGGUCGAGGCAAAGCCAGCCCCCCACCCACCUUCCCGUACUUGUCCCCAUUCCUCUCCUCUGCCAAGUACUGCACAGAGAUCCCCACCCCGAGGUCCUCCCCGGGGACUGGCCCCCAUCCAGGAGCCCUGGGACCAAGAGAUAAUGUGAAAUGUCAACUGUGGACCAAAGGCAAUAAAAAACCUCUUUUUAGGAA